CGGUUGAACGAACGCGAACGCCGAAGAGAUGUCCGCCUCAUCCAUCAUCGCCCCCCUCGCGAAGGUCCCCGCGAAGCUUCGUCGCUCCGCGUGCGCACCGGCUCGUCGCACCCCGGUCGUGGCCGCGCCGGUCGCCAGGCACCAAGCCGGUGCCUCCAAGAAGGCGGAUGAGCUGGCGAGGACAUUCACCGUCGGGUUCGCGUCCAUGCUCCUCGCGACGCAGCCCAUGGCUGCGGAGGCGAAGAAACCUUACGAAGGGCCGAUGGCCGUGUUCAACAACCCGGCGGUCCUUGGCGGCACUUGCGUGGCGGUGUGCUGGGGCAUCCCCCAGACAGUCGGGAUGAGCGUCCUAAAGGAGAAGGAAGACAAGGGGCGCGCUCAACUGUCCAAGUGGGGCGUCGACACCUCCGACAUCGAGCAGGGGAGCUGGGGCAGGAUCAGGCAGAUGCUGAAGCGCGAAGCGGAGGCGCGGGGCGAGGAAAUGCCCAAGUUUUGAGCCCGAAGCUUCGCAGUCAUCACGUAGCGAACGCGGCGGCGACGUCGCAUCUUGUAAAAGAUUCACCACCAUCAGUCUGCC